AGUGAAAACUUUGCACAGCCACAACUUUUCUGUUGGCGUUUCAUUUGGUAUUCGAUUUUGUCAAAAAGCAGUCAAUAUUUAAAUCAUAUUCGUGAAGCAGACGCUUAUAAACUUUCUCCACUUCAGUACAUAUAGUAUAUGGCCAUAAUAGAAAUCAAUUGAAACUGGCUGGCGAUGUCGCUGGCGCGUCGCUCGCACAACUGUUUUGUGGGAUGUGUGGAUGUGUGUGGGUGGUGGUGUUCUUCCGACUUGCCCAAGAGAUAAGCACUCGAAGCAGAAGUUUUUGCUGAGACAGAGGCAGCCGUGGAAGUUGCAGUCAUUUAGUCAUUAACGAAAUGGAUUUUGGCCAGAGCACACGAUGCAUUUCCAUUAGUUGGGCAAUAUUAAUCAUAGUCUGUCAGGCGACGAGGAGCAGAGCAGAGCAGAGUUCUGGCCAGAACUUUGUGCUCUAUAUGCCCGCACUCAAUGCUGUCUACUGCAGUCAUCGUGUCCUCUUUCUGACCAUCCUAGGCACUUUAUCUUUGACGCUGCUCGGCUGCGUGGGAUGCAUUUGCUGCUGCUGCUGCCGUUUGUCGCGUCGCCAAACUGAGAGCCUCGACGCCUAUGCUCCGAGAACGCAGAGUAUUGUCUGGCCACCACUGCCGGAGGAAACUGCUCAUGUGGUCAAAGUUACUUUUCUUCAUGCACCCGGCGCAGUUGAUUGCCUGUGUCGACGCUGCUAUGAGGCAAGGAAUAUGCGAUGCCUCGAAGAUUGCCUCAACUCAACGGAAUCUCAGCUAGCAGAAGGGCUAAGUCUUCAUCACCAGGUUUUUGCCGGUUUAAGCUUUAGUUUGUGGGCUAGCACCAAGGCAACCACCACGGGCAAUAUAAUAAUACUAAAUAUGCUGUCGACACAAGAGGCAAGAAAUAUGGAAAAGUUGCUGCUGCUGUUGCUGCUGGUCUUGGAUAAUCCUGGUUUUAUUGAAACCAACUUGUUGCCAGAUUAUUACUGGCCAAAUGGGAGCCAGUCUGUGCAGGAGGACGAUAAUGUGACAAGUUAUUCGAAUGACUAUGAAAUUAAUAGCGAUACUAACGAAAACAGUAGCAUUUUAAUGUCUAUGGAUCUGCGCAUGAAAAUCGCAUUCUUUGCCCUGAUGAUUCACAUUGUCAUCGUGGGUGGCGGUAUUAUUAUUUAUAGCUUUGUUUACUGUAAAUCGUGGUCCAAUAACAGACGUCUGGUAAAAGAGACGAAGGAGUUAAAGCGUCGUCUGCAAAAUCCACUCGCUGUGCAGCAUUUGACCAACACACCGAAUUGUCCCUGUCAUGGGUGUCGUGUGGCAAGACAAAUGCUGAACGGUCUGAUUGUGCAACAGAUCAUUACGGAACGUUCAGAGCGCUAGAAGGCUGUAAAUGUUAAGCAUUGAAUGUGUUCAUGUUAUUUAUGCAAAUUUUUGGGCAUACUUUGAUAGCUGUACGCCUGCGAGCUUGAAGCACCUUGUGCUAUUCAAAAAUAUAAUUGCAGCACCCUGUUAAAUUGUGCUUGACCUGCUGUAAAGUGUGUAUAGUGUAGAUAGGCAAAAUAAGUUUUGCUAUCAGUGCUUAAUGUGAAUAUGCAGAAAUAUAAUUGUAUGUAAUACAUU